CGUGCGCCGGUCACGACACGGUUGUGGUGGUGGUGGCGCGCUGUUAGGCCCGGCGGUGGUACACUGGUCUGACGGGGUGGACGGCGCGGACAUGGUGAGUGGCGCGCGCGACGCACGAUGAAGAAUGGCGACGAGGGGGAGGAGGAGCCACGCGAGCGGCCUCGGCCGGACGGAACCGUUCAAAGACUGGGAGGCGGUGCGAUGGAGCUGCGGGUCAGCGUCCAGUCGCUGAUACAUCAGCUGGUGCACGAACAGGCUAAGGCCACCGUCCAUCUCCAGGGCCUGCAGCGAGACGUGACGACGCUGCUGGACUUCCGGGACCACGUGCUGGACUCGCUACCGCGGCUGCCCAGUCCGCCGAGCGAGCCGCCCUGGAAGCACGGCCCGGCCACGCGGCCGCCGCCGUCAGCACCGCCCUGGCGGCCUCGCCUGCCGGUGCUGCGGCCCCGGGACGAGUACAUCUCGGCGCUGACGGAGGUCGAGCGGCUCAUGCAGGAGCGCGACCUCCUGCUGGAGCGCCUGCUCGCCAUGGAGCUGCCGAUCAUGGAGCCGCUCAGACCCCAUCGCUUCGUGAGAGAGCUGGUGUUCUGGUCCGAGCUGGAUAAUUGUCAUCGCUUCUGA